AUGUCAAUGGAAGUCUGGUCGAACCCAAAUAAUACUCCAUCUGUCACACCUCCUGCCAAUGAGGGUCCCGAUCCAUUGCACGCCAUGCCAACUACCGCUGAACCUCCCCCUCCCGCUCUCAACGCUUUUGAUAACUCUAUAUUCGCCUCACUCAUAUCAGAAAAUGAUGAAAAAACUUUGGUUGAUCUAAAACCCGAAGUGAUUUUGAAUGCCGACUUGCAGAUUGGUUCUGGAACGCCGAAACCUGAUCUUGGUUCGCUUUAUGGUGGAUUUCAAUCCAACAUUCAAGCCUCCACUCCCUACGGUGUCACCACUACUCAUUGUACCGUGAUCCCUGUAGCCUCGCAGUUGCGGGGUUUGGCUUCUCAGAGCACCUGCAUUACAAGUUACCCAAGCUAUUCUUAUGCUUCAACUCGGUACUUGCCACAUACAUCCGUCUGUCCUCAGUACAUGCAGCCCUCGCCUAUCUCAAUGGGAAACAACCGUGGUAUAUCUCAUCAACAUCUGCACUCUUUCUCCUCACCUCUCCUCCGGUCCCAUUCGUCGUUUACUACCAGUGCUUCUCCCAACUUUUCAAACUACACAGUUUGGCAAAAGUGCCUGAAUUCACCACAUCAUCGAUCGAUUCCAACAGCUGUGAGGAAAGCCUCGCGCUCCUAUAGUGGUAUGCCGUGCGCCGUAUGUGGAGCCCCGGCCACAGGCAAGCGCUACGGAGCUGUUUCUUGUGAUAGCUGCAGCGCCUUUUUCGGAGUUGCCACCCUCCUAGGUAUACAGUGCGAGUGCUCUAAUAAACCGAGUCCCUCGGACGAUGCCUACCAUCUUCAUUGUCAUUACUGUAUGCUAACAAAGUGCCUUGCCGUGGGAAUGUGCAAGGAAGCUGUUCAAUUUGAGAAGUCCCAUGAAGACCCCACUUUCUCCAACGUGCAAGACUAUCUCAACCUCAUGCCACCAGUUACUUCAGCAGUGUGCUCUUAUGGAGGGACGAAUAAUUCGUCAGGUUCGAGGUUGAGUUCAGUCACUGCGGCUACCGUCGAACAGAUUGGAAAGGCAGAAUCACUAGUUUUCGACGUUCCUCCUCUUGACUUACCCGAGGGCAAACCGAUCUUCGCUGAGGAAAAUGAUUGGAGUUCUCUACAAACCAACGUUGAGGAGUCAAUUAUCAAUUUGGUCCUUUGGUCUCAGCAGAUCCCUCUUUUCUCUGAAUUCUCAGAAUCUGACCGAUUUACUCUCCUGAGGGCAGGCUGCAUCCAGUUGUUAUUGGUUCAUUUCAUCUUCCGGCUGGCAAAUUCUCUUUCUGAGUCACAUUCACCGACUUCACCAUGGUUUUCGAACUCACGUUCACAGAAGAGUUUCAGUAGUACCUCGGUGGCCCCUGUGGAAUCUACUGCGGUCCCUCCUACCUCGCCCGACAUUCCGGUUCUAGUUGCUGACGCACUUUUUCCCGUCCAUUCCGCUCCUGAAUACAUUCUCUUUAGCCAACAGGCUGAAUCCGACUUACGUAACGCCGGUCGCUGGCAUGAAUCUCGUGUUCUCAUGAACAUUCUCCCUGUUGAUGAAGGUUACCAUCCUAUCGGCAUUACUAGCGUCUCCAACGAGCUGAACGCCCAAUGCUUGUCUAGGCGCCGCAUUCUGUGUCGCAUAUUCGAUCUUGCCCGCUUAUUCAAACGCCUUUGUCUCAGUGUGGAAGCUCUUGGCUGUCUACGCAUGGUUAUCCUUUUCAACCCUGGUGGAUACCGCAGUUCACGUCGAUGUAUGCGCGUUGAACUUCGCGCCCGUGAUUCACCACCUCAGUUAGGCGAUGAGUCACCAUUAUUGCGUUGUAAGGUCGAGGUCAACGGGGAUGUAGAACGAUAUUUGUCUUCUCUGCUUUUUAAUCUGGUUGUUCUGACUGACUUCAUUGUGUAUGCAGACCUACCGGAACUGACUGAGGAGACUCGGGAGCGCGUGGAGAGCAGAAGAGAUGAGGCAUUUGUUUGCCUCGAACACACUCUCGUACGGGCCGAUCAGAAGACCGCUCUCGGCCGUAUGGCUCAAAUGUGUCUUAAUCUGGCUGACCUCUCUUUUGUCGCAGAGGUCAUAUACUCUAAGACCUCUCCCAAUCCGUUCCUCUCUCUUCGUUAUCUUGCUUAUCUUCUUGAGUGUUUUUACAAAUCUGACACUACCACUACAGUUUCAGAACCUAAUAUCUAA